AAAGAAAAAGAAGAUAUUUAAGAAGAAAGAGGUCCGUCACAAAAGUGCACCCACCGGUCCGAACUGGACUCUCUCUAUUCGGUUUCUUUUUCAUCAAAGGCGCCAACUACUUUGUCUCCCAAAUCUUACGUGCGCUUCACCUUGUACAUGGGGAGUUGUGUUUAUCUUUAUCAUACCUUUGAUUGCUAAGUUGCUAGUAACGCUGUUGGAUUUGCAGAGUCUUGAACUUUUGUAAUAAUGGCCAAUAACCCUGAAAUUUCAGGUGUACAGUCUCUUCGGCCUCCCAUAGGUGGUACCAUGGAUCCUCCUCAAAGUUUGCCUGCCAUGUCUUUUCAAUUCCGGCCUCCUGUUCCUGCACAGCAGUCGCAGCAAUUCAUUCCUGUGACUUCUCAGCAUUUUCAGCCUAUUGGGCGAGGUGUUCCACCCAUGAACGUUGCAAUGCCUCUUGGUCCUCCUCAAGCUCCUCAGCCCUUCUAUUCCCAACCAAUGCAGCAAUUCCCUUCUAGGGCUGGUCAGCUAGCUCAAGAUAUGCUGCCACCACAGCCUAUGCCAUUGCCAAUUGCUCAUCCAAACAGUCACCCCUUGCCAGUUGCUCAUCCGAACAGUCAUCUCUUGCCAACUCAUCCUCAGCCUAGUGCUCAAACUCCAAACAACUUCACUCCUAGUAUAGUUGGCCAAGGAACACCGCUCUCUUCAUCGUAUACUUUUGCCCCUUCCUAUGGUCAAAUACAAAGAGGUUUCAGUGAUGCCACCCAGUAUCAAUCAAUACCUCAAAUGCAUGCGGCAAAUGUUUCUUCUGAUGGGCAGCCUAUGUUAUCAGCUCAAAGCCAAAGCAGUGUUUCUGUUACACCCCAGCAUCAGACUAUUGAAAAGCCUUCAAUGACAAACAUCAUUGCUCCAGUAUCGAGCAUUCAGCCUAACCUCAUCCAAUCAGAGUGGAUAGAACACACGUCUCCUGAUGGAAGAAAAUACUAUUACAAUAGGAGGACAAAACUAUCAAGUUGGGAGAAGCCUAUAGAUUUAAUGACGCCCAUUGAGAGGGCAGAUGCAUCAACUAACUGGAAGGAAUUUACCAGCCCUGAUGGAAAAAAGUAUUACUACAACAAAGUCACCAAAGAAUCGAAAUGGGUGAUGCCUGAGGAGCUGAAGUUGGCGCGUGAGCAAGUAGCAAAUGUAUCUCACAAGGAACCACAAGAGAAAGCAAGUUGUUCUGCCUCUGAUACUGUUUCUUCUCCAAAGGUUGAAUCUGCACCCCAUGCAGAUACAUCUUCCAAAGCUCAAGGAAUGGCAUCAAGCCCUGUUUCAGUGGAACCUAUUGCAGCUGCUGGUGAACAGCAAGCUAUGGCGGUUUCAAGAUCAUCUUCCUCCCCUGUUGCAGGUUCCACUAUAAAAGCAAGUGCAGAUGGAGAUAAUAACUCUAUUAGUGUUCCUUCAACAUCCAACGCUUUGAUUGGAGGCAUUGGUGCUGUCACCACUGCAGUCACAGAACCAAUGAAUAGUUAUGAUAAUUCAGCUCAGGAUGGUACUACUUCAGUUGGAGUAUCUGCACAUAAAGAGGAAGCUUUGAAUGAUGUAACAUUAGAGAAGAGUAAAGAAAUUGCUCCAGAAGAUAAAGCAGUUGAACCCGAACCAUUGGUUUACGCAAAUAAGCUGGAGGCGAAAAAUGUAUUUAUGACGUUGUUGGAAUCUUUUAAUGUUGGGUCUGACUGGACAUGGGAUCGGGCGAUGAGAGUAAUAAUUAAUGACAAAAGAUAUGGUGCUCUGAAAUCUCUUGGAGAGCGAAAGCAAGCUUUUAAUGAGUUCUUGAAUCAAAGAAAAAAGCUGGAUGCAGAAGAAAGACGGAUGAAGAAUAAAAAGACACGAGAAGAAUUCAAAAAAAUGUUGGAGGAAUCCACAGAUAUUACAUCAUCUACACGAUGGAGUAAAGUGGAAAGCUUAUUUGAAAUUGAUGAGCGGUUUAAAGCAGUUGAACGAGAUAGAGACCGAAGGGAGCUGUAUGAGAACCAUAUUGAGGAACUUCUAAAGAAGGAACGAGAAAAGGCUGUGGAGCAACACAAACGCAAUAUAAUGGAAUACAGACAGUUUUUGGAGUCUUGUGACUUUAUCAAGGCAAACAGCCAGUGGCGAAAAAUUCAAGACCGCUUAGAAGCUGAUGAGAGGUGUUCACGUCUUGAAAAAAUUGAUCGAUUGGAUGUCUUUCAGGAGUAUAUACAUGAUUUAGAGAAGGAAGAGGAGGAGCAGCGGAAGAUACAGAAGGAGGAAUUAAGAAAGGCUGAGCGCAAAAAUCGUGAUGAGUUCCGCAAACUGAUGGAAGAUCAUGUUGUUGAAGGCACUCUUACAGCAAAAACUCACUGGCGUGAUUAUUUCAUGAAGGUUAAGGACUUGCCUGCAUAUGUGGCAGUUGCAUCAAACACCUCUGGCUCAACUGCAAAAGAUUUGUUUGAAGAUGCUUCUGAGGAGCUUCAGAAACAAUAUCAUGAUGAUAAAACACGAAUAAAGGAUGCAGUCAAGUCGGCAAAGAUCAUACUUACAUCAACCUCGACAUUUGAUGACUUCAAACACAUGAUUACAGAAGAGAUUGGCUCGCCACCAGUAUCUGAUGUCAAUUUAAGGCUUGUAUUUGAUGAGUUACUUGAAAGGGUCAGAGAGAAGGAGGAGAAAGAAACUAAAAAGCGUAAACGCUUUAUGGAUGAUUUUUCUGAUCUUCUGUCUUCUAUCAAGGAUAUAACCGAAUCUUCUGAGUGGGAAGACUGCAAAUUGCUUUUUGAAAAUAGUCAAGAGUUCAGUUCCAUUGGUGAAGAGAAUCUCUGCCGGCAGAUUUUUGAUAAAUAUGUAACGCAACUUAAAGAGCGGGCAAAAGAGAAAGAGCAGGCAAAAGUAAAGGAUCAGAAAAGGAAGGAAGAAAAGAGCAGGAAGGAAAAGGAGAGAAAGGAUGUAGAGCGAAGCAAGUUCAAGCAAAGAAGGGAAAAAGAGGAGCACUUAGAGAAAGAUGUAUCCGACAAUGAAAAUUUUGAUGCAACCGAGAGUCAUUUGAACAGAGAUAACAAAAGGUCAGUGAAAGACAGUAGUAGGAAACAUAGGAAGCGGCAUCACAAUUAUGAUGAUGGUGCAGAUGAAAAUGAGAACGAUCAGUUAAAGAAAUCGCAUGGUUCUAGUAGCAGCCACAAGAAAUCAAGACGACAUACAUCUGCUUCUGAAUCUGAUCAAGAAGGCAGGAGUAGGAGACAUAGGAGAGAUCACCGGCAUAGUUCUCGUAGAAGCGGUGAUCUUGAAGAUGGAGAAUUCGGUGGUCGGGAGGAUUCAUAGUUUUUUUCAUUCUGGUAAUUGCGCUUCUUUUGACCCUUUAAUUUAUUUUGAAUGCUGGUAAGAUAUUUGUUAUUUAUUUUUACAAGGAUACUAGCCAACUAGUGUGCCUUUUAACAAAUGCCUUAUCAUAAUGCUUUCAAUGACUAUAUUUUGCAAGACAUCAUUUAGUUUUAAUCUAGUUGGAAACAUAAUUUUCAUGAAAUGCGUUCUGGGUUUAAGAUGGGAGUUUUAUUAGUGAUAUUUUUUUCAGUGUAAACUUGAUAUUUGAAAGGUUAUAAUCUCUUGUAUACAAGCACAGAAAUUUAAUAUCUAAUCAUUCAAAUCA